GGAAUGGUUUAUACCAGAUCUGGAUCCAAUAUCAGUUCCCUCUCAUCAUGCUUUAUAUAGCCAGCGAAACCUAACUAACAGCAACAACUUGUCAUAAAAAAGAUGGCAGUGCCUAAUGUAGAUGAGUGUUCCAAACAAGAGCUCCUAGAUGCUGAAGCUCAUGUGUGGACUCACAUCUACCACUACAUAAAUUCCAUGGCCCUAAAAUGCGCCAUUCAAUUAGGCAUACCCGAUACAAUCCACAAACACGGAAAGCCAAUGACGCUUCCUCGGUUAGCCAUCGCUCUCUCCAUCAACGAGCCCAAACACGACGCCCUCCACCGCCUCAUGCGCAUUCUAGUCCACUCCAAGUUCUUUAACCAAGACGAGGAAGAGGCUUAUUGCCUCACACUGGCUUCACGCCUCCUACUGAGAGACGAGCCCUCGAGCGUGGCGCCUUAUGCGCUCGCAGUGCUCGACCCGGGCUUCAUGGAUACGUUCCAUCACUUGGGUGAAUGGUUUGGAAAUGAAUGCGUCUCUCCAUUUGACUUCAAACAUGGGAAAACUCUAUGGGAGUAUGCAGGGAUUCACCCAAGAUGGAACCAACUGUUUAAUGAAGCAAUGUGUAAUGAUUCGAGAUUGGUAGCAAGUGUAGUAUUGAAAGAAUGUAGGCACAUUUUCGAGGGGUUGGAAACUGUGGUGGAUGUCGGUGGAGGCGCCGGCAUACUGGCGAAAGCGGUGGCGGACGGCUUUCCUGGCUUGAAAGCUACGGUGUUGGAUCUUCCGCACGUGGUGGCUGAGCUGGAAGGGUCGGAGAAUUUGGAGUAUGUGAGCGGGGACAUGUUCGACUCCGUCCCGCCCGCCGAUGCAGUUCUCCUCAAGUGGAUAUUGCAUGAUUGGAGCGACGAAGAAUGUGUAAAAAUACUUGAAAAAUGCAAAGAAGCCAUAGCAGGGAGCAAGAACAAGAAUGGUGGAAAAUUGAUUGUUAUUGAUAUGAUUUUGGAUGAUACGAACGGAAGUGAAGAUGAGUCAAUUAUUGAAUCUCAACUGUUGUUUGAUGUAUCGAUGAUGACUUGUGUAACUGGAAAAGAGAGAACUAAGAAAGAGUGGGUUGAGCUCUUUUCUGCUGUUGGCUUCAAAACUUACAAAUUUCAUCCCGUGUUAAGAUUGAGGUCUGUGAUCGAGGUUUUUCCAUAAUUAGUUGUCUAAAUAUAUAUAUUGAUCACCUCAUACUUGGUUACUCUAUAUAGUUUGAUGUGCGCGGUUUAUUAUUAUAUUGUAAUAAAGUCGCUAAUUUAUGCUUAAAAAGUUGUAAGAAUAUUUAUCCAUUAUUAAGGCUUGUGAUUGUAUUUUGUUA